AUGGAGAAAUUCACCCAAUUCCGAGAUCGAGGCUCGGGCAUUGCACCCUUCCUCCCCAUCCCUCCUCAGCCCAUCAGCUACCUCCAGAUCCCCGUCCGUAUUGUGCUGUUCUGGAUCCGACUGCCGCUCUUUGUGUUCGCCUGUCUGAGUUACUUCCUGGUGCUACAAUGGCUCCCGAUCGGAUCGCUGGGCAAGAAGGCCUCCCUCUGGUGCAUUCUGGGGAUCCCUAGUAUCUGGUGGAUCGAUCUGCAGGUGGACGGUGUGCGAAAAGGCCCAUCUGCCAUCUGCCAGAACCUCCUCCAACCUACAACAACAUCCCGCACGAACAUCAAUCCCUCAAGUCUAACUGCCUCUAGAUCCCUGCACAGACAAGACCAGACCCGCCUCCCCGGCCCGCGAUCCAUCAUCGCCUCGUCCUUCACCUCCCCGAUCGACCCGCUCUACCUGGCCGCGAUCUUCGACCCCAUCUUCACAGCCUGCUACCCCAACACCUCGGAAGUCGAACAGAUCUCGCUCUUCCAAGCGAUCCUGCGUGCCUUCAGCGCCCCGCGGCCCGCCGCACCCCCAGCCCACAAGCUCACCACCCUCGACGCCCUCCUCCGCAAGUACCCCGGCCGCGCCCUCGUCACCUUCCCAGAGUGCACGACCACCAACGGCCGCGCCAUCCUGCCCCUCAGCCCGGCGCUGCUCACCACCCCGCCCGCCACCAAGAUCUACCCCAUCAGUCUCCGCUACACCCCCGUCGACGUGGUCACCCCGCUGCCCGGCAGCUACCUCAGUUUCCUGUGGAACCUGCUGAGCAAACCCACGCACUGCAUCCGCGUCCGCAUCGCCGGCGGCGUGACGCCUACCACCUCAACCUCAACCUCAACAACCGCCGCAGCAUCGACCGGCUCGUCGACCCGCAGAAACUACGACACCAACUACCUGGACACGCUGGACGCCUCGACCCGCAGCGCCUCGUCCUCCCCGGAGGCGACGGGCGUCUCCGACGCGGCGCUCCUCGACCACGUCGCGGACUCGCUGGCGCGGUUGGCCCGCGUCAAGAGGGUCGGGCUGGGCGUGAAGGAGAAGGUGGAUUUCGUCCGCGUGUGGACGCGGGGCAGGUGGGUCUGGUAG